AUGGAUUUCAUCAAGACCAGUUCCCUGCGUGCUCUGAUUGAGUUAACUUUCCAACGCAACUGGAACGGCCUCAUUUGGAUGAGUAGAAAAGGAGUUAUAGCCAAAAGAGUGAAGGCUGCUCCAGACGGCCAUAUCGAGAAUCAGCGCCGAACGCGCAGACCGGCUGGCCGAGGAACGAAUGUUCCGCGCUCGGCCAAAACCGUAUCCGUCCGACUGAAGUCUCGGCCAAAGUCCAAAACCGUCGGCCGAUCGCAAUCACGACCCGGGAAACAUUGCCCGCGGUCGGCCAAGCCACGCCACGCCGCGCACGACCACCGCGCGAGCCGGGAAACGCCUCGCGGCCGCGCAACUCAUCUCACGUACCACGCCGAACGCGCCAUCCGACCGGGAAAACGUCCCGCGUCCGGCCGAGAAACCAUCGGCCAAAUUCACCGUCGACCACACCGGCCGACCGCAUCAUCCGGCCCGACCGUUCCGACUCGGCCAAAGACCCGACUGUCCGGCCGACCGUCCCGACCGACCGUCCGAACGCCGCGGUCGACCCGAAGCCGUUUUUGA